AUGGCUCACGGGGAGUUUUAUUUCCAUCUGACGAGAUGCAUAACCUUCACUUUACGGCUAGAACAGCGUCCACUGGUCACUGUGUGUUUGCGGGACAGUGUAUGGGGUGGGCAGGGACAUGUAAGCCCCUCUUACCAGUGCGGUGGCAUUUGCAAAACACCGUGCUUGCUGUGGCCUCCCGACAGCAGCGACGUCCGGACCGAGCGUGGUGCAGCCCAGAGGAGCCAGAGCGGUUACUUCAGGGUGUGGAGGGCUGCUCCGGGCCGGCAUCCCGGCGGUGGGAGAGGCGUCAGGAGCGGCUCCACUCCCUCUCCGGCGGGUUUAACUUUCCGGCUGCACGGUGCCAGCCCCGUAUUCACCCCCGGGCGGGAGUCCGGCUCGGAUCUCCCGGGCGGGGAGGGCUGGGGGAGUCCCGGACCCCCCCGCACCCGCCGCCCUGGGCGAAGGGUCCGUGCCCGGUUCGGUAGUACCGGCGCGGCGAAGUCUGCUUCUGCCUCCGUGGUCGACCAGAUUGACACACUGACAUCUGACCUGCAGCUGGAGGAUGAGAUGACAGACAGUUCCAAAACAGACACACUCAACAGCAGCUCCAGCAGCACAACAGCUUCCAGCUUGGAGAAGGUCAAGGUGCAGGGCAGCACACCUCUCAUCAAGCCACCUGCACACCCCUCUGCUAUCCUCACUGUGCUGCGGAAGCCGAAUCCACCCCCACCUCCACCACGACUGACGCCCGUCAAGUGUGACAAGCCUCCGAGGCUGCCUGCUUCGGCCAACCCUGUCAAGACUAAUGGUACCCUGCUGCGAAACGGGGGCUUGGCAGUUGGGCCCAACCGCAUCCCAAACGGAGAUAUAUGCUGUACACCAAACAGUAAUUUGGAGAAAGUUGUGAUGCAGCCUCUGAUGCACAGACCUGACAAAGAGCGGUGUCCUCAGCCGGGAGCAAGGGAACGGGUACGAUUUAGUGAAAAAGUGCAGUACCACGGCUAUUGCCCAGACUGUGAUGUUCGGUAUAAUAUUAAAAACAGGGAGGUGCACUUGCACAGUGAGCCUGCCCAUGUUGUGGGGAAGCUGCCACACCAGUGCCCUCCUCUGCCACCUCCACCACCUCCGCUGCCUCCGUUUCCUCUGGAAAAUGGAGGGCUGGGGAUAAGUCCCAGUAAUAGCUUUCCUCCUCCAAGACCUGCAACUGUGCCUCCACAAAAUGCACCAAAACCCCAGAAGACUAUUUUGAGGAAAUCAACCACUACAACAGUGUGAUGUAUGCCACUUGAAACAACUCUUUGUUUUUUCCUAUAUAUAAACAUAAAUAGGUAAUGAGCACUUUCUACUUGAGCAAUAAAAGACCCAAUGUAUUACUCCCUGUGUCCAGUGAAGUGGCAUAAAAAU